AUGCCGCUUGCGGAUCAGACAACCAGCCAAACAAAAACAAGACCAAGAUCCCGAUCAAAGGUUCAUUUUCCUGAAGACGUCUCCGAUCAUUCUGAAAUUCUAAUCUCCAGAGAGAUUGAUAAUUCCAUUGAUGUUAAUCUAGGAUUUCUUCAAACAGAUCAUAGAUAUCAAAUAAGGUGUACAGUACGAGAUACAUUAAAGGGAGAUGUCAUUGCCAAAGAGAAUUCUAGUACAAUUAUACAAUCAGUGGAAGCACAUGUAAGACCAGAUGAUAAUGGGCAUGAUAUUCAACUAGAGCUACUCUCUCACAAGGAGGGUGUCAUGGCCGAACCAUUCACCAUUCACUGUAUGGAUGAUAAAGAUAAAUCAGUCAUGGUUGUAAUACGAGCAAGAUUACUAGGUAAAGAUCAAGGAAGACCAAUGUUAAAAGAAGGCAUCAUAAACAUGGGUCUUGAAGCGGAGGAUAGUUCGGAAGAAGAGAGCGAUCGAGACACCCACGAUUGAUUCCAUCUUCGCUCCCAUCUUUCCCUUCACUUUAACCUUGUAGUCUGGAAGACAUUGUCUGGACAACAUAGUCACAUUAGAGAUUGCACCCAUAGAUGUCGGGAGAAAGAAUUCUUCGUGAAACGGCCAAGUCUUUGAAGAGAGAUCUGGUAGCAGAAAUAUUUGCCUAUGUGGAUUAUGAAUAGAGUUGAGAGUUUUUAUUGAAAGAGAUGUUUUAAGCAAUGCAUGUUGAUGUAAUGUACAAAGUGAAUUAAAAGGUUUGUGUCUUCAAAGAAGAUAAUUUUUAUUGUCUAGAUUUAGUUGUAUUGCAAAUUUUGUUAUGAACCAGAAGCAUUUUAUAAGUGAAAUGAAGUAUACUUUAUCUGUAUUCAGAUCAAAUCAUUUUGAGAUUCUUCUUUUGAUUGAAUGAGAUAAAUUUCUACUGGAUUAUUUAUCAUUCUGAGUAUUUGAUAUUAAUAAAGUAUAAAUUCUACUUUCAUAUUUAUUUUAUUUAUUUUGAUUAGUUUUACUUUCCUCCAUGGAACUCUACAUCACUAUGAUCUUCAGAGCAAUUAUGUAUUAACAACGAAAAUCCAUCAUGUUAAGUGAAACACCCUGAAUUUCUAUAUUAAUUCCAUGUAGGAAGAACCUAUGAUAUGAAAAAUAGGUAUGAGCACCAGACUGGUGAAUGAUAAAAGUUAUUCUUGACUUGCUUGUAACAAAAUACAUACAUUUCCCUUUCUUUUAUCUUGAAUUAUGAUCCAACACUGCCAUUCCUUAUUCUCACAAAUAUUCAAGAGAUUGAUCAUUUUGUCAUUUAUUGCUUUUGAUGCAGAAACUUUCACAUUAGGUGAUCUUAUAUAUACAUGUAUGUUAUCAUCAGACCGCAAGGCAAUUAUGGUGGUAUGCAAGUUCUAAAAUAAAAUUCAAGUAUAUGAAUCAUUCAUUCAAAGUUGAGAGUUAUUUUAAAAUUCAGGAAUCUUGAAAAAUCCUGGGAAGAUAAUACGUCUAUUAUGCCCUUCCCAUCAUAUCUUCCUGUACAUUAACUACUUUCUAGUGUAGUUUCCAAAAAAUCUAUGUAAUUUUCUUAAGAACAACAAUAGCGAUCAAUAAUUAUGUAUUUCCCAGCACCCAAUAUUGAAUCUCAUUUCUGUAGUAUUUACCAAUGUGUAGUCUAGAAUCUUGAUUUCCAUAUCAUAUUGACAGAGAGAGAUAGACUGAAUUAUUUGUUUGGGUUCCGUGGGUAAAAUAAUAUGGAAAUAAUUUAUUCUUAGUAAGAAAAGCGCCAUAUUAUCAGUACACUUUCAAGCGUGAUGACAUUUUAAAAUUUAAAAUCUAAAAGCAAUGAGCAUUAUUUGAUAAUGCGCUCUUUAAACUGAAAUGAGAACGGGUGCAUGCUUAACAAGUUCUUUCCAAAAUUUGAUUAUAUUGUGUAAUUCACAAUAAUUAUCAGCAUUUAUAAAUCGAAAAAAAAAGACAAUC